UCCUCACACUUUCUUUCCAAUCAUUUUUUCGUACGAAGAGUUCAUUUUCCAUCCCCUGCAUUUCUCUCUAUAACUUAGCUUCCGUUUAUUCUUUUAAACUUGUGUCAAAUUCUUCAUAAGCUAUGGGUAACGUCUUUUCAAUUCAAUGCGGUGAUGCCUUGAUCGGUCGUUGCUGGGAUUGCGUUGCUGGACAAGCUCUUUAUGUAUGUCAGCUUGAAGACAAUCUUCAAGAACUUGAGACUGCAAGAGAUAAAUUAAGAGAGCUGAGCAAUGAUGUGAUGCGGAUGGUCAUCAGUGAGGAAACUCCACAAACAGUGCAGCUGGAUCGAGUUGGAGGAUGGCUUUCAAGGGUAGACGCUACCAUUACUGAAGUUAAUUCUCUCCUCAACAGAGCUACGCGAGAAAGACAGAAAUUGUGUCUCGCAGGCUGUUGCUCCAAGAACUGUAAGUCCACCUACAUGUUUGUGAAAAGCGUUUCCGGAAGCCUCAAACAUGUGGUUGGUUUGAUGAGCGAAGGUGAAUUCAAAGAAGUGGUUAUCAGGGCCCCUGCUGUCCAACUUCAAGCUAAUCUCGAAGCUUUAAGGACUGCAAGACGAGAAUUAUGGGCUUCAAAGCAGGAUGUGAAGCGGAAGGUUGACUUAGAGGAAGGACAACAAAAGAAGGCGCUGCAACAAGUUCUAUUGUGGCUUUCGAUGGCGGAAGCGAUGAUAACCGAAGCAAAGGAGCUCGAAAGAGAUGGUCCGCAACAAGUUCAGAAAUUGCUAGCUGGAGAUAUUUCCAAUUACAUGUUCGUGGGAAGGGUCGCCAAAAAAUUAGAAGAUGUGAUUGCGUUAAAAGCCAAAGGAGAUUUUAAGGAAGUGGUUGAGAGGACACUUCCAGAACCAGUGGUAGUAAGAAAUGUUAAUCCAACAGUGGGCACUGAAACUACCUUAGACGAGGCAUGGAGCUUCAUCACGGGAGAUCAGGUGGGAAUUUUUGGCAUAUACGGUAUGGGGGGAGUCGGUAAAACUACUCUCCUUGCUCAAAUCAACAAUAGAUUUGCCACUAUAUCUAAUAAUUUUGAUGUUUUGAUUUGGGCUGUGGUUUCUAAGGAUUUGAAACUUGAGAAGAUUCAAGAGCAGAUUUGGAAAAAAAUUGGCUUUUUGGGUGACAAAUGGGAAAAGAAAAGCCUCCGUGAGAAAGCAGAUGACAUAUUCCAUGCAUUGAGUAGAAAGAAAUUUGUAUUAUUGUUAGAUGACAUAUGGCAACGAGUUGACCUUGAAGAAAUUGGGGUUCCUCUCCCUACAAGACAAAACAGAUCCAAGAUAGUAUUCACAACACGCUCUUACAGAGUAGGCAGGCAAAUGGAAGCUGAAAAGAUGAUAAAAGUGAAACCUUUGGAUUGGGAAGAAGCUUGGGCAUUGUUUCAGAAGAAGGUUGGGGAUAUUGAUCUUGAUAUUGUUCCUCUGGCUCAAGAUGUUGCUAAAGAGUGUAGAGGAUUGCCAAUCGCUCUCAUUACCAUUGGUAGAGCCAUGGCCAGUAGAAUUACAAGGGAAGAAUGGAAGCAUGCUCUUAAGGUACUAAGAAGUUCUGCCUCAAGCUUACCAGUCAUGGAGGAUGAGGUAUUUCAAGAUAUGGAGGUUGAGGUAUUUGUACGAUUGAAAUUUAGUUAUGAUAGUCUGAGUAGUGAUAAAGUUAAAUCUUGUUUCUUAUAUUGUUCGUUAUUUCCGGAAGACUCUGAAAUUCACAAACGUGAAUUGGUAGAUUAUUGGAUUUGUGAGAAUUUUGGUGAUCACAAUGAGUCAUAUUCUAUAAUAUGUUCACUUGUUGGGGCAUGUUUAUUGGAAGAGCAAGGCGAACAUGUGAAAAUGCAUGAUGUGAUUCGUGACAUGGCUCUGUGGAUAGCAUGUAAAUAUGAAAAAGAAAAGCACAAGUUUUUUGUGGAAGCGGGUGCCCAAUUAACUCAAGUAUCAGAGGUUGGAACAUGGGAAGGAUCAAAACGGAUGUCCCUGAUGGCAAACUCCUUUGAAAGAAUCCAUGAAGUUCCUAGAUGUCCUGAUCUCUUGACUUUAUUUCUCAGUGAUAAUCGUCUUUUAAGGGAGAUCGGUGAUGGUUUCUUUCAAUUUAUGGAUAUACUAAAUGUUCUGGACCUCUCAGGCACUUGUAUAAGGGAAUUGCCGAUGGGAAUAUCAAAAUUGAACUCAUUGCAAUAUCUUAAUCUGUCAGGGACGCAGAUAAGGCAAUUGCCAGUUGAGUUGAAAAUGUUGGUAAAUCUGAAAUAUCUGAACUUGGAUGGUAACAUCAAUCUAAAUAUGAUUCCAAGGGGAGUCAUAUCUAGUUUAUCAUCAUUGCAAGUUUUGGAAAUGUACAACAUUGGUAUUUUUGAGGUCAAAAAAGGGGAAGAUAAUAUAUUGAGGGAAGAUAAUAUGCUAAUAGAGGAGCUACAAUGUUUGGAACACUUGAAUGUAUUAAGCAGCACAAUAACAAGUGUCUCAGGUCUCCAGAGUUAUGUCAACGCCCUCACAUUAUGA